AUGUACGACCUCGUCAUAGUUGGUCAUGGCAUUGCUGGCCUAACCGCCGCCAUAUCCGCGGCAGAACUCAUGCCCUCGGCGCAGAUUGCCGUGCUGGAGCGUGCACCCGAGCAUGCCAGCGGCGGAAACUCGAGGUGGAGCCCUGCCAACAUGCGAAUGCGAUCAGUCAAUGAGGUACUACCAAGCUUCGUGGACGACAUGAUGGCUGCAAGUGGCGGCGGUACCGACCGCGUCUAUUUCGAAAAGCUGGCUAGCCAGGCACCCGAAGCCCUCCAAUGGCUCGAAAGGCAAGGGGUGCAGUUCCACGCCAUGGACUAUUUUUUGAAGUCCUGGCCAAAUAGGAUCCAGCCCAUCGGCAAAGGUGCUGCCAUUGUCGAAGCACUCAAGCAAUCUGCCAAAUCGAAGGGUGUCCGACUCGUCUAUGAAUGCCGCGCCCAGCGACUUCAUCUUGGCGAAGAAGAGGCCGUAGUUGAGGCAACUGACCAGCGCCGAUUCAUCGCCCGAUCUAUUGUGCUCGCCAGCGGUGGAUUCCAAGGCAAUCCGGACAUGCUGCGUACCCAUCUCGGACCCGGUGCCGAGACGUUGCGGCCGAUAUCACCGGGGACGGCUUGGAACGCUGGCGACGGCAUCCAAAUGGCGCUGGAUAACGGGGCUAGGGUCUCUGGCAACUGGAAUGGAAUGCAUAGCGAAAUAAUCGACCCGCGCAGCGAUAAACCGGCGCCGUUGGUCCUCAUCUAUCCGUAUGGCGUGGUGGUGAAUCGGGAUGGAAAUCGGUUCAUCGAUGAAGGCGCAGGGCUCGUACAUGACACGUGGGAGCGUCUCUCUAGAACCAUCCAUUUUGAUGCACCAGGCCGGUCAGCCUGGGCGGUGUGUGAUUCCAGAGUUUUCCAAGUGGAAGGCUAUGAAGCAGCCAUCCGCUCGGACUGUCCGCCGGUGACGGCGAACACGAUUUCUGGCCUGGCAGCACGGAUAGGGGUGCCGGAACAGGCGCUCCUAGACACAAUCUCAAGCUACAACAUAGCCUGUAGCGCAGACAUAUCUCGCUUUUCAGCUAGCAGCCUUGAUAGCCUUGCCACCACCCCAGGCUUAGAACCCCCGAAAUCGAACUGGGCUCGGCCGCUCGACACGCCACCAUAUACAGCAUUCCCGCUGGCUGCUGCUAUUGUCUACACUUUUGGCGGCCUUGCGACUGAUACGGAAGCGCGCGUUCUUGGCCCGCAAGGCGCCAUUCCUAAUCUAUAUGCCGCAGGUGAGAUUACGGGCCAUUUCUGCGACAUGGCGCCAAAUGCAGUGGCCGUUUUGCGGGCACUCGUUUUUGGACGUAUUGCUGGCCUCAACGCCAUAAGCCCCAGUUAG